AUGGCGAAUGAUGGUGAUGAGGUGUCAAAGAAGCUGAAGCUCUACUCCUACUGGCGAAGCUCUUGCUCUUGCCGCGUUCAAAUUGCUCUUAAUCUCAAACGACUGGACUAUGAGUACAUAGCUGGUCAAAUUGUCCUGAACCGCUGGAUCGCCUCUCCUGAAUCGGUGGGGAUGAGCACAAUAGGAAAAUCGAGGAGCAAUAAUCCACCCCGAAUGCCAAAACUUGCGCCUUGGCCUUACAUACGAGGAUCACCAGCCAAGGCUCACGCCCUAACUGCCAACAAUAAUAAAGGAGACUACCCGAAGGUACGUUCUGUAGCUACGGGGUCCGGGGAUAACCGUUCGACGGCCAAUAUAGCUCACAUUGAAGGCUGGAAAACUUGGUUUCACGCGGGUCCACGGGCUGCGCAUGCUGAGAGUACUUCGGGCCUGAGCGGGUCUGGACGCGGGCUGACAUCACUGACCGAAGACGGGCCGCGCGCGGGCUGGAAACGGGCCAAGCGGCCCGCGCACCUUGGUAACAGCCUGGGCUGGGCGAUAAAAAAGGAAGGGCUGUUGGAUGCGGGAUUCGAACAAAAAAACAGAGACAUAAAAAUAUCGAACAGGGACUUGAAACUGGCAUACAGGGGCUGCGCGACUACGAAGAGGGCUGGACAAAAUUCGACCGAACUUGACGACAAAAUAUCCAACGGCUACCAGGGAUUCGUUUCCCGGGUCGACCUCUCGAGGAAGGCGGUUCGGAAUUUAGCUUUGGUCCGCGGCCGCGACCAUCUCCGAGGCCGCGAGCUCGACUGGCCAGCAAUGGAACGUUUUGGGCUGUUUUGGGACCCUCGCGGCCGCGACUUAUCCUUCUCCGCGGCCGCGGUGACUAAAACUGGACAGCUUGCACGACUUUGCCUCUCGGGCCCGUUUGAGUUCGUUUCAACUCGGAAUUCGAUUCCGCUUUUUCCUGUGUGUUCGCCGAAUACCUCUCUUCUGGAAUUGAUGAGCUCGGUUGGCAAACGAGCGAGACGAAGGGAACUCAAACGAGCAGACCAAUCUCCCGAGAUUCGAACGAUUGACGAAACUCCUCGUAUGUUGCGUUGGGCUGUUGUGUUGCUCUUCCACGAACAGGGCUGA